UUUUGACAUUCUUUGUUGUUUACAUUUUUUUUUGUGUUAUAAUAACUAAGUAUUUAUUUCUUUAUUUUCGAUAGUUCAAGCUUCGUUUUGUGCAGUUAAAUACUUUCAAAAAAGUAAGAUGAAACUAUAGGUAGACUACACCAAUAGCGCUCGAAAUAGUACAAUCACCCUAUAAGGAUAAUCUUAUCAAAAAUAAACUAAUUGCCGCUAUAAAUUAAUCUUUUUUUAAAUAUUUAUAAAGUUAGACUGAAUAUUUUCAGUUUAGUAAAAGCGCAAUUAUCUAACGCAAAUGAUGCAGUAUUUUUCGGAUUGCGGGAAGUUUUUAGCAGAGAGUAUAAAUAAGAUUUUUGGUGAUAGAGAGCCAUGGCAAAUAGCAACUUUAACUGCAUCGGGUGUAAUUAGUUUGCAUUGGUUAUGGAAUACUUUAAUUCAAGAUGAAUGUUUAUAUGAACGAAGUAAAAAAUGUUUUUUUAGUUAUGCGAAAAAAAUUCCAUAUGUGAGGGCCAAAGUCGAGGCAGAAAUAGAUAAAAUUAAUUCCGAAUUUCAAAGAAAUACAUUGGAAAAUACAAAAGAUGUAACGUAUUUGAUUAGAUUGCCUGAAAAAGGACUAAAUUAUCAGGAAAUAUCCAAAAAGGUUGAUCAGCAUUUAAAUUUGGGAUCGUAUGAUUGGAGAAACGGUCGUGUCUCUGGUGCUGUAUAUUAUUAUAAUGAGGAUUUAAUAAAAUUGACUACGGAGGUGUAUGGGAAAGCUUCUUAUACUAACCCAUUACAUGCAGAUUUAUUUCCAGGCAUUUGUAAAAUGGAAUCUGAAGUUGUAAGAAUAACUGCAACAUUAUUUAAUGGUGGUCCUAGUGUUUGCGGAACCAUGACAACUGGGGGGACGGAGUCCUUGUUAAUGGCUUGUAAAGCUUACAGGGAUUAUGCAAAAGCGAACAAAGGAAUAACUAAACCAAAUAUUGUCGCGGCUACGAGUGUUCAUGCAGCAAUAGAUAAAGCUGGACAGUACUUUGGAAUUCAUAUUAAAUCAAUUAAAAUUAAUGAAAAAACUAUGGCUGUGGAUGUUCGUGCAAUGGAAUCAGCCAUUAACAGAAAUACCAUAAUGUUAGUCGGUUCAGCUCCAAAUUUUCCUUACGGAACAAUGGAUGAUAUUGAAGCAAUAGCGAAACUGGGUAAAAAGUAUAAUAUUCCUGUGCAUGUAGAUGCAUGCUUGGGUGGAUUUGUGAUAGUUUUUAUGAAGAAAGCGGGUUAUAAAUUACCUCCGUUUGAUUUUAGUAUUGAUGGUGUAACAAGUAUAUCUGUCGAUCCCCAUAAAUAUGGUUUCACCCCCAAAGGCUCAUCUGUGAUUUUGUACUCAGAUAAAAAAUAUCGUCACUAUCAAUAUACGGUAACUACUGAUUGGCCUGGUGGCGUUUACGGAUCACCUACUGUGAAUGGUUCCAGAGCUGGCGGUGUUAUUGCUGCAUGUUGGGCUGCCUUAAUGAGCUUCGGUGAAGAGGGUUAUAUUGAAGCAACGAAAUCUAUUGUUGAUACAGCCAGAUAUAUAGAAAACGAAUUACGAAAAAUCAAGGGGUUGUUUAUUUUUGGUACUCCAGCUACAACCGUUGUAGCAAUGGGUUCACACGAUUUUGAUAUUUUCCGUCUAUCGGACAUGUUGUGCCAUAAAGGGUGGAACUUAAAUGCGUUGCAAUUUCCAUCAGGAAUUCAUUUCACUGUUACUUAUAUGCACACAGUUAAUGGAAUUGCUGAAGCUUUUGUUAAAGAUGUUAAACUUGCUGUAAAUGAUAUUCUAAAGAAUCCAAGUGAAAAAGUCGAGGGUAAAAUGGCAAUCUAUGGCGUAGCACAAAGUGUACCUGAUCGCUCAUUAGUUGGUGAUUUCACAAAAGCGUUUAUUGACAGUAUGUAUUAUGUCCCACCAGAAUUAUAGAGUAAUAAAAAAUUUAUUUUUAAAAAUUAAUUUGAAAGAAUCACAAAUUAUUUAGAUGAAUUGUUAUUUUUGUCUACAUUCCUAUACAAUACUAAAUAAUUUUGUAAUAAAAUUUUAUAGAUACUUUAAAUAAUAAGCUCAGAUAUUAUAUACAUAUACAUCUUCUAUAAAAAUCACACAUUUAUUUUAUAUACAAAAUUGGUUUCUAUGUACUUUAAAUG